UAUGUGAAAUGGUUUGAAUUUAGUGAAUGUCACUUUUUGUCAUUUUAAAAGUUCCCGCCAUUCUGUCCCCGUACAUCCCACAGGGGACGGAACCCAGAAGACAGAUGCCGGCAUCGGCCGGAGGACAUUUACAGGGGACACUGCAGGAGGGACAUCACGGGAGCGCAGGACAAGGUAGGAGAAGAAGAGAUCCUGGAGAAGCGCCGCAUGGUAAGCCCCGAGUGUAGCUUGGGGUUACCGCUUGUGCUACACUCGGGAAUACCGCCAGGGAGGUUA